UCGAACAAGAUGAAGACUAAUAUCAACUCGUACUAAUGUACUCUCUAUCCCAACCGCACGCGAUGUCCCCGAGGCAGACAGAGUAGCGUCAACAUGUCCAAUGCUGUUUUGCGGACUACGCAAUCGAGAGAAGAGAGGGGUCCGUCGACUGCAGAAGGGCAAGUCAGUGGAGCGAGGAAACGAGUCGCACAACCCUGCAUCCGUUGACGUCAGAGACGAGUACGAGGAUUUCGAAGACCACGAGCGAAACCGGCUGCUCCGACGAAAGAGCGCAGACUUCGAAUGGGCGCGAGAAGACCAAUUGUCUGUUAUACUUGAGAUAUUGGAAGAAUCGAGCAGGAAAGUGAAUACGCCAAACUGGGAGAAGGACGAAAACGUGCUGGGCUGGGAUCGAGUAGUAACCCCGCGUGCUUCGCCACGAAUCCCACCUUUGAAGGGGACACGCCUUGUCGAUCGAGAUUCUAGAAUACUGCCUAUUCCAGAGCACUACGCUGUCAAUAUGUCGGACAGGAGGACGCCAGAGAGUCCGAGGCCCAUACAGACGCCUCCCAGAGACCUCGAAUCAAUUUCCCGGAUCGAUGCUUCGUUAGUCUUCGAACACUUCACAACGAACGAUGCGUGGGAACUAGGCUCUGCGUUACGAAAUCGACUCUUGACUUUCCCUAUACCUGUAGUGAUCAACAUAUCUCUUGCGAACCAGAACCAAACGCUUUUCCAUACAUGUACGCAUCCGGGAGUAAUGCCGGAUAAUGAUAGUUGGGUUUCGAGGAAACGGAAAACCGUUCUACGGUGGGGAUGUAGUACUUGGUAUAUGCACUGCAAGUUCGGCGGCGAUGAGGUUGCCUUUCGAGAGAAAUAUGGUUUAGGGAACAGCGCAGGCGAUUAUGCCAUACAUGGCGGGGGAGUUCCAAUCAGGGUCACUGGGGUUGAGGGUGUUGUCGCUGUUGUGGUUGUUAGUGGCUUAAAGCAAGAUGAGGACCAUGGUGUAAUUGUGGAAGUUAUUAGGGAGUUGUAUUAUUGAGGAAGAUCCGAAACGUGUGCACAAGUGUAUAUAGUGUUUGUAAGGUGGUUUGCUUGGUUUAGGUUUUGGUCCAGUCAAAAGUUAAGGGGUGUUGAUAGAGAAAGGCUGUAUGUAGCCAGCCACAUGAGUUCAAAGUGACUGCAGGUCUUUGAUUGGCUUCUUCUUACUCUCUGGUACUCUGCUAUAAGCAAUCCUCGUCAAUGCCAGUACUUCCCACUUAUUCCCUUGACUUUCUCCCAGCCUGCGUCCAGCGCCUGGACAACCUCAUCUGGUAGAGGAUUGGGAUCAUCCAACAGCUUCAUAUUUUCCUCCAUAUGCUUGGUGCUACUGGCUCCAAUGAUGAUUCCAUCGCCAUACUCUCUCUUCAACAACGAAUGAUGUGUCAUCCA